AUGUCGAGGCUGUUGUGCCGAAGCUGCUGUGUCGGAAAUUGCUCUGGCGGAAGCUGUUUUGGCAGAGACUGUUGUGGCGGGGCUGCGCACAAUUUGUCGCGGGUAACCGGCUCGUACGUUCGGAAGAGACGCGAAGUGAAUUUGUUGAGGAGACGUUCGGAAGAGACGCGAAGUGAAUUUGUUGAGGAGAAGGAGGAGCGCGAUGAAAGCUAUUUACCCCAUUCCUGA